AUGGAGUGCAUCGUGGGCAGUGCGCAAGAGGACCCAUCUGCAACCUCUGGCUCCGCCGUGUUCGUUGCCGAAGUCCUCGCCAUGGUAGAGUUGGAACCUGUUGUUUGGAACUUUACGCUUAAUGGGUCGCACACGAAUGAAUCUGGAUCAGGAUAUCCAAGGGAUGAAUUUAAUAAUAUUGUUCAUCUCACGGAAACCAAAAUCCUUCCGGCGUUUGUUGGAUUUUUGUGCUCCACAGGGCUUGUUGGAAAUGUUCUUGUCUUGGUCACUAUAUUAAGGUCAGCCAAAAAGACAGUACCAGACGUGUAUGUGGGUAACUUGGCGGUGGCUGACUUGGUUCACGUGACCGUCAUGCCAUUCUUGAUUCACCAGUGGGCACGUGGAGGGCACUGGGUCUUUGGCAGUACCCUCUGCACAAUCAUCACCUCUCUGGAUAACUGUAACCAAGUGGCAUGUGCUGCGGUCAUGACUGCUAUGAGUCUAGACAGAUACCUGGCCCUUGUUCAUCCAUUCCGCCUGUUGAGCCUCAGAACCAGAUCCAGGACGAUCCGCAUUAACCUCUUUGUGUGGGCAGCCUCUCUCGUCAUGGUUUUGCCCGCCUGGAUUCACUCCAAAGUGAUUCGCUUUAGGGACGGUCUGGAAAGCUGUUCACUCAACCUGGUCUCUCCUAAAGAGGUGCUCUGGUACACGGUCUACCAAACGAUUACCUCAUUCUUCUUGCCAUUACCACUUAUUGUCAUCUGCUAUAUACUGAUUCUCUGCUACACCUGGAGAAUGUAUGGCAAGAACAAAAAAGCUCACAGAUAUUGCACAAACCUGCCUCGAGAACGUAUCGUCCGCCUCACUAAAAUGGUUUUGGUUCUGGUGGCUGUGUUCCUGGUUAGUGUCGGGCCCUAUCACGUGCUUCAGCUUGUAAACCUGAGCGUACCUCGUCCCUCAUUAGCAUAUCACACCUGCUACUACCUGUCGGUGUGUCUGAGCUACGCAGCCAGCAGCAUAAACCCUUUCAUCUAUAUUCUGUUCAGCGGACAUUUCCGACACAGGCUGGUUUGUCGGGACACACCCAGCAUGCCGAGUGUGGAACGAGAGAUCCAGCCCCGCUCCAGUUUUUAAUCCUAAUCUCCA